CUAAGCAAACGUCCUUGUGUAAGUCCUGUGUAACAGAACUUAACCACGGCAAGGCAUGGGUUAAAUUUUCUUGCUAGAAAGUUUGACUUUGCUGGGCUGAAUUCGAUAAAUGACCAGGAAAAAAGGCUCCAGCCCUCCUCUCCUCUCCACUUGUCAGUCCUCCUGAGACCUGAUAUGUGGUUCUGUGUAAGUGCUGGAACUGAGAGCGCACUCCUGCUUUUCAUCCACUUCCCACAAAGAAGCAUCUGUGCGCGGAAUUCAUCUCAUAAUCUGAUUUAUUAUUGAUUUACGGAAGGGAUUUAUUUUUUGUAGUUUUACUGCCAUGGCAAAAUGGUCACUUUUAUUUUUAUACUUUUUCCAAGGAUUACUUCCCCUCAUCUUUGGGCAGCAGCAGCAGCAGCGCACAGCUGGCCCCUGGCGGCACCGGAUUCAGUGGGAGAACAACGGGCAGGUUUACAGUUUAAUGAGCACUGGAUUAGAGUACCAGGCUCCACUUCGGUCCAGAAGCCAGUCGAGGGUUUAUGUGAGCAGCAGGAGGGAUGGCACCAGGAGCCAAAUGCCGGGAGCGAACAGAGGAGCGACGCUUGUAAGACCCGGACAGGCUGACUCCAGACAGUUCAGGACUGAUCAUGGUGUAGAGCCGGGAUCUAUUACGCCAGGACACGAUGUUAGACAGUAUGCGCCUUUUAAUGGUCGUGCGUCAGGGGCCAGACAGCAGCCUGCGCGCCCGUACGGAGCAGGAGCUGCAGGUUUUCCAGGCGCACGACGCUUUAACCCCGAACACACCAACACCAUCAACGCCUCUGCACCGGGGAGUUUCACAGAUUUUCCACGCAGAAGAGGAGGUGUCAGUGUGGAUGCUACUGCACUGCACACCAGAGGAGGAGAACCAGGACUCGGUGCGCAAUACCAACAGUUACGCGCGGUGCCAGAGGCGAUGUCUGUCUCCAGGCAACCCGCGCAGACGGAUCACUCCAUCUCAUAUCCCACAACUGUGGAAAGGGAAUCUGAGGCUCCUGCUCCAUUCCUUGCACCUAGUGAGGAUGUUUCAAACGAGGCAACCGGUAAUGGAGAGAACAUGGUUAACGACGACCCUCGAAACCCGUUUAAAAACCACAGGAAUUCUGUUUUCUACAACACGUAUCCCACAAGAGGGAGGUCAGUGGCUCGCACGCGCCGUCCGCCUGGCACAGGAUAUGGAACAAGAUAUUUCCAGAAUGGACUGCCAGACCUUGUGCCAGAUCCAUAUGCCAUCCAAGCAGGUGCUUAUAUCCAGCGCAUGCAGAUGUAUGCGCUCCGCUGUGCAGCUGAGGAGAACUGUCUAGCCAGGUCGGCUUAUGGACCCGCCGUGAGAGACAUUGACUUCAGAGUACUCCUGCGGUUCCCCCAGAAAGUAAAGAACCAAGGCACCACUGACUUCCUUCCUGUCAAGCCGAGAUAUCAGUGGGACUGGCACAGCUGUCACCAACACUACCACAGCAUGGACGCCUUCAGUAACUACGACUUGCUGGACGUCGUCACUGGACGUAAAGUGGCCGAGGGACACAAGGCCAGUUUUUGCCUGGAGGACACGGGCUGUGACCCCGGAUUCAGACGGCGCUAUGCCUGUACGUCUCAUACACAGGGACUGAGCCCAGGAUGCCAUGACAUCUACGCUGCCAACAUUGACUGUCAGUGGAUCGACAUCACUGAUGUACCUCCAGGAAACUACAUCUUGAAGGUUACUGUCAAUCCCAAUUUCCACGUCUUGGAGUCAGACUUCACCAACAACGUAGUGAGAUGUGAUAUCACAUACACAGGAAUUUAUGUUCAGACACGCAACUGUCGAGUAACAAGGGGUUGAACUCUUCCUUUUCAAGUGCUAUCUGCAGGAAUUUUGCAGCAAACAUCUUUCCCUGUACUGUACAGCAACAUCGAAAAAGUGCAAUUGGUAAUGUUUAAUUGUACGUUUACACCAAUUUUGUACAUUAAACUAGUGAGAUCCUCAGAUUUACUUGAUUAUGUAUUUCUACAAAUGUGCCAUGAUUCAUAACAAAGAGUUUUUUUGCCUUAACAAGUACUGUGUUCAUAUACAUUUAUUUCGUGAAUGCUGGUUUAUUGCUUGAAAUGUGUGUUUUGUUGCCACAUGUUGUUUUUGUCUUGUUUAUCUGCUUUAUGUUGUGCACAUCUUUAGUGUUUACAGUUUUAUUUAAAGGAUAAGAUAUUCUGUAUUUUUGUUACUGUCAACAAAUCUCAUGAAAAGACCAAAACCAACAGUGUGUUAAGUCCACCUCUCAAUACUUUUAGACUUCCCUACCUGGUCUGUGGCUCUCAGUCCUAAGCCCAUUGGUUCCUGAUGAAAACAUAAGUCUUUAAAAACGGAUCACAAAAUAUAUAGUUACAUUUUAAGACUAAAUAAUUUUCUAAAACAGCUGGGCACUGUAGUUUUUUGCAAGUGUUACUCAAACAGGAGCAAAUAGUGCAUUUGUUAGGGACUACUCUAAGCUGUGGACUUGGAUGUUCAAGUCAAUAUUCAUGGUAUGUUAUAGUAACUCAAAAUAAACUACAUGGUCAUGAUAAUGAAGGAACGUAUAAACCAGUGAAAUGAUGUGGCUCAUAAUAAUUUUUGGACAUCAGUGGAGCUCUAUGGCACAGAGGGACAAAAUAUAUCAGGCUUUGGACACACAGACAACACUUGUUGAUCAAUUCAUUGCUGGUUUUGGUCUUUUCAUGGGAUUUGUUGAAAACCAGAAAAAAACAGAAUAUCACCAGACUUAUCCUUUAACCACUUGAUAGUCACAUUAGCAAAUUGCAAAUAUCUCAUUUUAUGAUAAAUAGUAAGUGUAGUAUUAUGUUUGAGUAUGUUUGUAUGAAUGUGUGCUUGUGUAUAACUGAGUGACUGGAAAAUGUGGAAAACUAUAAUGUAAAACUGUUAAUAUUGCUAAAACAUUGUUGAAAACCUCAUUAUGAUCUGUUGGUAUGUUGGAUUUAAUACAAUAAAGAUAGUGAGGAGUGA